AUGUAUACCAUUCAAUCUUCAAAUAAAACAGUUGUCAAACAGACUGUUCUUAACGUCGCCAAUUCAUCCUUACCCGAUACUCAAAAUGAAUCCGCUGUAGAAUACACUUCUCAUUCAUUGAAUUCAUUUCCUACUUCCCCUUCUUUAAUUCCGAAUGAAAGUCUAAUGAAUGCUCAAGUUGAAAUUAUCAGGCCUCCAUUCCCACCUUCUACAACCCUUGAAGAAUUGGUCAGAAUUAAGCCAAAUGGUGAUGUUCCUUCUAAACCUCCGAAUGCAUUUAUCAUCUAUCGUGGUGCCGCAGUUAAAGAGCUUCAUACUCGAGGAUAUAAUCUUCAAAUGACACGAAUUUCUCCUCUAAUCUCUAAUGCGUGGAAAACUGAACCAGAAAAUGUAACCUCUUAUUAUAAAGAUUUGGCAAAAGGAGCAAAACGAUUAUAUAAAGAAAGGUGGCCAAAGCGAAGAUAUAGGAAUAUCAAAUGUCUCAUCAACCAAUCACAAACAUUGACUGGUACUUCAUACUCUCCAUAUUCUAUACCUUUGCAACAUCAACAACAGCCACUUCCACAAGAAAUAUCACAAAAUUUGCCAACACCACAUCCCUCUCCAGAAUCAACAGAUUUUAUGAAACAUGAUUGGUUCUCUGAAAAAUGGCCGGCUGCAGCAAGUAAUUUAUCUUCUUUAUCAUUGAGCCCAGUAGAUUCAAAUGUAAAUGCAUUUUUCGAAGCUACGAUUGGAAGUCAAAGUUACUAUACUGGAAUCGAUAAUGAUUCUGAAUUUGAAGAUAUUUUCACAGGUCAAACUACUGAAAGCAACAAUCUCAUGCCGUCCACCGAUUACUUCGACACUUCAAGCCAGACCACAAUGCAAUUUUCUCAAGUACGUUGGUAUCCACAAAAUAAAACGCAAUAUCAUCAAAAAAUGCGUAAGUGGCAUAAAUAUUUGCGAAAGAACCCAUAUCGUACGAUUGCAGACGCAAAAAAAGUUAAUUUAUUUAACUUUCACGUUGUUUAG